AUCCUCCUUAACACACUAGUCUAUCCUACUACCCUAUUAGCUGUCCGUUCGUCUGAGCUGACUCAACUGGUCCCAUCUUUUCUUUUCUCUUCUCUUCGUUUAUCUUCCUGCUGUUGGACAUGGCGACAAACGCACCUUCCAAUGGCAAUGGUGUACAACAAUCUCAAGAAACGGCUCAAACUCAGCUUCAUGACAUCAUGAGCAAUGAUGCAUCCAAAGGUGCCAUAGUUCACUCCUUUGACCCGGAUGCUUCUCCCCAACAGAAGGCUGCUGCUGCGGGGAUGCAGCGUGACCAACUGAAGAGUAUCACCGGGCAGGAUGGAAGUGCACAAGGCGAGAAAGAGUUAUCCAUUGAUGCUAACGGUGGAGGCCCUGUCCCCACCAUUACAGUCGAAGAUGCGGACGAAGCGACUGACGAAGAGCAGAAGAAAUCGGGCAGUACAACUCCGUCUUUACCUCUAAUACCCGGGGAAUACCCCUCUGGUGUCGCUCCAGCGAUUCCAGAUUGGUACAAAGUUGGCUGGCGUGCUGUCUCGAACAUUGAUGCCCCUCCGCUUGCAGAAGGCGAGGAGAAAGAUAAACAUAUACUUCAGCUUUUCUUGUCUGAGCAAUACUAUGGCCAGUGGUACCAUAACGCUGCCCUCAUUUUCUUUGCUGUGUUCGCUUCUCAUUUCUUGACACGAUUCAACUUCGGCUGGGGAUGGCUGAUCGUGUUGCUAUCUAUUUGCAACACCUACUAUGUGACGUCAAUGACUCGUGCCCGCCGGUGUGCCCGUGAUGACAUUCAACGGGAACUGGUCAAAACACGCCUUGCGUCCGAGCACGAAACCGCUGACUGGAUGAACAAUUUCUUGGAUCGUUUCUGGCUCAUCUACGAGCCUGUUCUUUCUGCUACCGUCGUCGCCUCUGUUGAUCAGAUCUUGAGCACUACCACUCCUGCCUUUUUGGACUCCUUGCGCCUCACAACCUUCACUCUUGGGACGAAGGCUCCCCACAUAGACAAAGUCAGGACAUUUCCAAGGACUCCCGACGAUAUUGUCAUGAUGGAUUGGGGAAUUUCCUUCACUCCUAAUGAUGUAUCUGACAUGACCCCCCGUCAAGCAGCGCAAAAAGUCAACCCCAAAAUUGUACUAUCCGUUCGCGUGGGCAAAGGUCUUGCCACAGCCUCCAUUCCCAUCCUUCUCGAAGACAUCACUUUAAGCGGUUUGAUGAGGAUUAGGCUGAAGUUGAUGGCGAACUUCCCUCACGUGCAGAUCGUGGAUCUCAGCUUCCUUGAAAAGCCGGUUAUUGACUACGUGCUUAAACCGGUGGGCGGCGAGUCACUUGGAUUUGACAUAGCCCACAUUCCUGGUCUGCAAACUUUCAUUCGGGAUAUGGUUCACGGCACGCUCGGUCCCAUGAUGUACGACCCGAAUGUGUUCACUCUUAAUCUCGAACAACUUCUUUCUGGUGUACCCCUUGAUGCAGCUAUUGGCGUCGUUCAAGUCAUUGUUGAGGCUGGUCGCGGGCUUAAGGCCAAUAAGAUUGGCGGUGGCUCUCCUGAUCCCUACGUCAGCAUCAGCAUCAAUAACCGCGAGGAACUCGCGAGAACUAAGUACAAGCAGAGCACAUACAACCCAACAUGGAUGGAGACAAAGUUCAUUCUGGUCAACUCCAUUCAGGAAUCGUUGGUGCUUAGUCUUUUUGACUACAAUGAUCAUCGUAAGGACACUCCUCUUGGUGCCGCCACCUUCGAGCUGCAAAAACUACUGGAGGAUGCAACCCAGGAAGGUUUAGAGCUACCCGUUUUGAAAGAUGGAAAGGAUAGAGGAUUGAUUCGUCUCAGCGUCAACUACUUCCCGUGCGUUCAUGACUCAUUCAAAAGCCAAUACUUAUCAUUCUCGCUAGACGUUGGAAUUGUUCGCUUGACUAUACAUCAGGCCAAGGAACUUGAUGCUACAAAAUCACUUUCCGGCGACUUGAACCCCCUGGUCAAGGUCUUCGUUGGGAACAGCCAUUCCUACACGCAUAAAUCGCAGAUCAUCAAGCACACGAACAAUCCCAUUUGGGAGUCACCGACAGAGUUCAUUUGCUCAGACAAGUCGUCUUCAGUCAUCACUAUCAAGGUGGUAGACGAGAGAGACUUCCUCAGAGACCCGGUGGUCGGCCACAUGUCUGUCCGGCUUGUCGAUCUUCUCCAGACGGAUCCCACUAUGGACAGGGAAUGGUGGCCCUUGAAUGGCUGCAACAGCGGCAAGAUCAGGCUCAGUUGCGAGUGGAAGCCGCUGCAAAUGGCUGGCGCCUUGAGCGGCGCGGAUCAGUAUGUGCCUCCUAUAGGUGUUGUUAGACUUUGGCUGCAGAAGGCGACGGAUGUUAAGAAUGUGGAAGCGACUUUGGGCGGCAAAAGUGAUCCUUAUGUUCGAGUGUUGGUGAACAACGUCACUCUUGGGAGGACUGAAGUUAUCAACAACAAUCUGAACCCCGAGUGGGAUCAAAUAAUAUAUAUCCCGGUCCAUUCCCUGAGAGAGUCGAUGCUCAUGGAAGUCAUGGACUACCAGCAUUUGACGAAGGACCGCUCCCUUGGAUCGGUGGAACUGCAUGUUAGCGAUCUUGCACGCGAAUCGUCAGCUGAUUCACAAUACCGUUACGAAUCAACUGGCGACAGGGAGGUUGCUGAGCCAAUCAAGAUCGACGGCAACACAAGCAAAGGGCACCUACACUUCAGAGCUGAAUUCGUAUCAGCUUUGAACUUGAAGCAUGUACAUUUUGAUGCAGACGAAAACGAGAUCCAGAAAGCCGCUCAUAAAGAAGUCCAGCACAAUCAUGAAAAUGACAGUUCAGGCACCAGCAACAGUUCUUCCAGCAACGAAGAAGAGGACCGACAUGUGACUGUCAAUCGACCAAUGACUGAGGCAGGGACACCACCCCAUCAAACAGAUUCUAGUGAAUCAGUUCGAGCCAAUGGGGGUGGGGCUAAAUUGGACGACGAAGCAUCGCUGAAUGAAAAAGAUUCUGCAAAAGAAGGUAUCGAUCUCAGCAAGGAAGAAUUGUUCAAGCACCAAUCGGGUAUAAUUAUCUUCAACGUGAUAGGCGGACAUUUGCAGAAGAAAGCUCGUCUGGAUGUGCUCCUGGAUGACGCGUAUUGGCCUGCUUUCAGCACCCUGAAAUCGCAAGGCACAAACGCUCAGUGGUUGCAUGUUGGCGAAGGCUUCCUCAAAGAGCUCGACUUUGGUCGCGUGUGGCUGCGCUUGAAUGAGAGUGGGGAUCCCGAUAAGGAUGACAUUACAGCGGAAUGGAAAGGUGACGCGAAGGCUUUUUUAGAUGCCACCCUGAAUCGUCGGUCGUCCUUCACACUCGCAGAUGCAGAUGGUCGUUCGUCCACUGUUGAGAUUGAAUCCCGCUAUGUGCCCGUCCCAGUGAAGCUCUUGCCUAGAGAGAGUGUAAACAACCAAGGCACACUCCGAGUUGAUCUUCUGGCUGGAAAGGACCUUCGUUCUGCUGACAGAACAGGCAAAUCUGAUCCGUUCGCCGUCUUCACUCUCAACGGCACGAAGGCGUUCACGUCUCAAACCAAGAAGAAAACUCUCAACCCUGAUUGGUCAGAAUUUUUCGAAGUCGAUGUGCCAUCUCGAGAGGCGGCAGAAUUUUCUGUCGAAGUUUUCGAUUGGAAUCAACUCGAGCAAUCUAAGAGUCUUGGGCGUGGUACCAUCAAUCUGCGUGACAUUGAACCCUUCGAGGCCGCCGAACAGGUGAUCGAGCUUUCGUCGGAAAAGCACGGUGCAAAAGGACAUGUCGCAAUUCGAUUAAUCUUCCAACCGGAGAUUAUUGCCAAGAGCCGGAAGGCGACCUCGACCUUCUCUAGUGCGGGCCGCGCUAUGACACAAAUUGGAUCAUUGCCCUUCGGUGCUGGCAAGGGCGUCGUUCGUGGCAUUGGUAAUGUCUUCAAGAGAGAUUUCGGAGGCAGUCAUGAAAAGUUAGAUGUUCCCCACGCCGUGCCAGAGGUCGCUGCUGGCCAGGCAUCGCGGCCAAUAGGAGAGCAGACUGCAGGUGAAGACACGACUCCCGCCCCCGUCUUCCCCUCCUUGAGUCGCACUCCUUCAGCUUCGGGCCCACCAUCAGAACCUGGAACACUUAGAGUAACGAUGAUGAGCGCAAAAGAUGUGUCUAUGGCGGAGACGAAACCGUACGCAGUCAUACGCGUCGGCGACAAGGAGUUCAAGACGAAACAUGGUAACAAGACAUCAUCACCAGAAUGGAAUGAGUCUUUCAACUUUGCUGCUAGUGCACACAUGCCCAAAUUGCAUCUCUGGAUUUAUGACCAUAAGACGCUCGGAAAGGAUAAGCUGUUAGCUGAGGGCGAGGUUGAUAUCUGGCGGCACAUACAAGUUGGCCGGUCGACAGCUGCUGAGGUUACCGUCGAACUUCAAGGAGGAGGGCUUGCCCGUCUCCGUCUGGAAUUUGAUGCAGAGAAUCAUCCACGGGACGCAUCCGUCGUGUCCCUCGAACGAUCGCAGCUGCAGACUUCUCCGUCGAGAUUCAGCAUCAGAGGUCGUAGACCAGGAUUGAAUGAGGAUAGUUGAUUAACGGCGUAUACAAUUCUUGAUAUCCUGCUUGGGACUGGUACAUAUUUGACGAUCUAUGGACUACCAGUUUUAUAUUUCAUUUGCAACCUCAUUGAUGUCUUUUGGGGAAAAAA